AUGCGGGUCGCUUUUCUAUCUGGCUUGGUGGUCUUUACUGCCACAACUACAGCAAUUCUCGUUACAUACCCACCAAAGGGUGCGAAUAUCGACUGGAGCAAGCCAGUCACAAUCAAGUGGGACUCGGUGCAGACGGACCCUUCCACCUUUGAUCUAUAUCUUGUCAAUCAAGCUGUCAACCCUAGUGUCUCGACGCUCGUCGCUGCCGAUGUAGACACUUCGAAGGGCUCAUACACCAUCAAAGCCAAUGACAAGGAUUUGACUAAUUCCGAUUCUGGCGGUGGUUAUCAGAUCGACCUCAAGUCCAGUAGCGGCGAUGGCAUUCUCGCUCAGUCGCAGCAAUUCAAAGUGACGGAUGCAAAGGCUGAAUCUGCAUCAGCCUCUAGCUCUGGCGUCGACUACUGCCAGUACUUCCUCGACUUCACCCACUUCUAUUUCUACCUCUUCUUCAUCUUCUAUGACGAGUUCUUCUACCAGUGCGUCUACUCCCAGUUCCUCUUCCUUGUCUUCUUCUACCCUUUCUACUACUCCAAUGUCCUCAUCCACUACUUCUACUUCUGCUUCGAGUUCUACCUCAACUACGUCUACAUCAUCAAAGACUACACAUUCAAGUACUACACACUCUACUCAUACAAAGACUCAUUCAUCUACUUCUUCAGCUCCCACGUCAACUUCGAAGUCUACUUCUACCUCUUCCUCAACUCCCACAUCCCAUUCCACUACGAAGACCCUUACUACCACACAUUCCUCCACUGUCUCUACAAGCACCAGUACACCUGGUCAGUAUAUGGUGCCAUGUCUUGA